CCGCUUAUCAAAUUUGGCAACUUCCGGAGCGACAGCUGAACUAGGUAGUUGGUGGAAACUUUAGGCUUUCACUUAGGAGUGGGGACAUGGACAGAAUAAACGUGCCCCCCACGGGCCCCAUGGACCUGCCGCUGUCCCUGCUGGAGAUGGGAUGCUCUGGCAGGUUUGAGAUCAUCACACACCCCAUACCUAACCAGCCUUUACCUCCACAGAGCACACUCCCUCAUGGGCUUCCUCCCACCAGCCUUAGCCUGGAGACAGAAGUAGAGAAACAGUUUUUACGGGACGCUGCCUGGCUUCCCAUUCACGACACAGACUUUGCCUUCCAGAAGUUUCUCAAGGUGACUCAGAGAGAAGUUAAUGUUGAUUCUCUAAUCAACUGCACUCCAUCUUCACUUCACUCCGGUGUCUCCGUUGUCAGAGAUCCAACAACAGGGAUGCUGCUGGACUUCACAGAGGUGUUACUGGAGAACACAAGCCUGUCAGCAAAGAACUCUCUUUCAUUACAACGCCAACCCGGACCUCCUUCAGAGAGCCUUCGAGGAAGCAACACCAACUACCCCUUCCUCCCCGGAGGAAUGGAGGAGCUCACUCUGGACCAAAUCCAGAAGAAAUCCGAGCUGGAGGAGGACAUAGACUUUGAGAAUGAUUUACUCAGAAUCCCACCUGGAUUUAAAGAGGGAAUGGACUUCACUGACAAAGAUGCCAAGAUUGCAAAGGCAGAGGUCAACCUCAUGUCCCUCCUGUCCACAUUGAAUGACAUCACUGACUUGCAGCCUGAGGCAGAGGAGAAAGAGGAAGGCAAAGAAACUAAAGAAGCUCCAAAACUACCCAGAACCAACAGCCUUGAAGACCUGGGCAUCAAGGAUGUUGUGUCAUCAUCAACUCCCUCAGAUAAAGGAAAAGAUGAAAAAUCCCAGCCUAAGGAGAACUCAGAGAAAAACAAGAAAUGGGCCAUCCCUGUCAACAUAACUUCACCCUGCGAUGAUUUCUAUAAACGCAUCCCCAACCCGGCUUUCAAGUGGCCAUUUGAACUGGAUGUCUUCCAGAAACAGGCUGUGCUGAGACUGGAGGCCCACGACUCUGUGUUUGUAGCCGCACACACAUCGGCCGGCAAAACGGUGGUGGCCGAAUACGCCAUCGCUCUCUCACAGAAACACAUGACAAGGACCAUCUACACCUCUCCCAUCAAAGCCCUGUCCAAUCAAAAGUUCAGGGACUUUAAAAACACCUUUGGAGAUGUUGGACUUCUGACGGGCGACGUGCAGCUUAGCCCUGAAUCUUCAUGCCUCAUCAUGACCACUGAGAUCCUCCGGUCCAUGCUUUACAAUGGAUCGGAAGUCAUCAGAGACUUGGAGUGGGUGAUUUUUGACGAGGUUCACUACAUCAACGAUGCUGAGAGAGGGGUUGUGUGGGAGGAGGUUUUGAUCAUGCUCCCCGAUCACGUCAGUAUCAUUCUCCUCAGCGCAACAGUUCCAAAUGCUCUGGAGUUUAGCGACUGGAUCGGUCGUAUAAAGAAGAAACAUAUUUACGUGAUCAGCACAAUGAAGAGACCUGUGCCUUUGGAGCAUUAUCUGUACACUGGAAACAGCACCAAGACUCAGAAAGAGAUGUUCCUGCUGAUGGAUGCUACAGGGAACUUCCUCACUAAAGGGUAUUACACUGCUGUCGAUGCCAAAAAGGAGCGCACCAGCAAACAUGCCCAAUCAUUUGGCACAAAGAUUACUUCUCACAACACCUCAGCUAGUCAGGACCGAUCGGUGUGGCUCACUCUCCUGCACUUCCUGUCCCAGCGGCAGCAGACACCGGUGGUUGCGUUCACGUUCUCUCGGACACGGUGUGACGACAACGCCCGCUCGCUGGAAUCCAUGGACAUGACCACGUCCGUAGAGAAGGCCGAGAUCCACUCUUUCUUCCAGAAGAGCCUGAGUCGCCUCCGAGGAGGAGACCGACAGCUGCCUCAGAUCUUGGUCAUGAGGGAACUGUUGAAAAGGGGAAUAGCAGUCCAUCAUAGCGGGAUCCUGCCGAUUCUAAAGGAGGUCAUUGAGAUGCUCUUCUCCCGAGGUCUCGUAAAGGUGCUGUUUGCCACAGAGACAUUUGCAAUGGGAGUAAACAUGCCUGCCAGGACUGUGGUGUUUGACAGCAUCAGGAAACACGACGGGACCGGCUUUAGAAAUCUGCUGCCAGGUGAGUAUAUUCAGAUGGCGGGCAGAGCAGGCAGGAGAGGUCUGGACGCCACAGGCACUGUCAUCAUUCUGUGUAAAGCCGGAGUUCAGGAAUUGUCAGAUCUGCGCGUGAUGAUGCUGGGUAAACCCACCACACUCCAGUCCCAGUUCAGACUGACCUACACCAUGAUCCUUAACUUGCUGCGAGUUGAAGCUCUCCGCGUGACCGACAUGAUGAGGAGGAGCUUUUCUGAAAGCCACAGGGACACUCAGGCCCAUGAAAAGAGGAUCAGCGAACUGAAGAAGAUACUGUCUUCUCUGCCUCCUCUGGAUGCAGAAGGCCAGCUGUCCGACAUGUUGCCCUACUACCACACUGUGACGGAGCUACGAACCACCACUGAGGCACUCCAGCGCGCUAUUCUGGAGUCUGUCAACGGGCUGAAGGCUCUGUCUGUGGGUCGAGUUGUGUUGGUGAACAACAAACAACAUCUUAACGCCCUGGGAGUUAUCCUACAGGUGUCUAGUGACUCUGUAAAUCGCACCUUCACAGCUCUCGUCAUCUGUGAGAAGGGCAACGAGGAAGGAGAAGGAAAAGAAAACAACAACACUUUCCCUCACUUUUACAACACGGCUCUCUUUAUACCUGAAGGCCCUUGCAGCCACACGGUGCAGAAGUUGAAGCUUCAGGACAUCUCAGCCAUCACAGUAAAAACCCUCAAAGUGAUUCCAGACAGGAUCAUUGACAACUACAACAAGAGGCAACAGCCGCGAUUCAGGCUUGACCCUCCCGGCCAAGCUAUCUCCACGGCAACCCAGGAGCUCCUGCGAUUGGCUGAGGCCAACCCAAGCGGCAUAGCGACCCUUGACCCCGUGAACGACCUCCAGUUGAAGAGUGUUGAUGUGGUGGAGGACUCCAUGAGGGUCCGUGUACUGCAAGACAUCCUCAGAGGGUUCAACUGCAUACACUCACCUACCUUUGCUGAGCAGUUUGCUCGUGUUAAGGACAGGAUGAGUGUGCAGGAGGAGCUGGACCAGCUGCUUUUCCUGGUGUCGGACCAGUCUCUGUCUCUCCUGCCUGAAUACCACCAGAGGAUCAAGGUGCUGCAGUCUCUCCAGUACGUCGACAGCAGCGGGGCCGUGCAGCUGAAAGGCCGCGUAGCCUGUCAGAUCAGCAGCCACGAGCUGCUGCUGACCGAGCUGCUGUUCGAGAAUGUCCUGAGCCCACUGGCGCCCGAGGAUAGCGCCGCUCUGCUGUCCUGUUUGGUCUUUACACAAAACACACAGGUGGAGCCGCACAUUACCAACACACUAAAGGAGGGCAUUGACCGGGUGCUGUCGGUGGCCAAGCGUAUCGGAGAGCUGCAGAGGGAUUGUGGGAUACCACAAACCGCUGAGGAGUUUGUUGGCCAGUUCAAGUUUGGCCUGACAGAGGUGGUGUACUGUUGGGCCAGAGGCAUGCCGUUCGCAGAGAUCGCCCAGCUGACGGACGUCCAGGAGGGCACGGUGGUCCGCUGCAUCCAGCGCCUGGAUGAGGUGCUGAAGGAGGUGCGACAGGCCGCCCGCAUUGUGGGAGACUCCGUCCUGGGGAGCAAGAUGGAGAAAGCCUCCUUGGCCAUCCGCAGGGACAUCGUAUUCACCGCCUCCCUCUACACCCACUGAGGGAAGGGUGAAUGAGAGAUCUGCCUGCAGUCAAGAGUUUCUUUGUUCAAAUGCUGGGAGAAAGAUGGGGAUACAUGGGGGGGAGGUAAAGAGAUGGUUUAUGUUAACAAUUGCUAUAUGUGCCGAUAGUACAUGUUGAUGUUUACAUGAAAACUCUUGACCAUUAAAAAGGGA